AUGUUACUCACGAGCACGAUCAGUUCACCGUUAAAGAUCGGUCUUCAAAUCCUCGGCGUUUGGCCGGACAUGCCAUACAUUUCUUUUUAUCGGCUGAUUUAUAUGUCAUGUUUACUGUCUGUACAUUAUUUUCAACAAUUGUACCUAUUUGCCAACUGCAGUAUCGGCGAACUGGAGAAUCUCGUAGGGCCAUUAGCAACGCCCCUUAAACUGACGACACUUUGGGUGAAUCGUCGAAGGAUUCGCGAACUACUGGAUUCUAUGGACACUGAUUGGCGCGAGUGCGUUAACAUCGAUCAGCAUUUGCACUUAAUGAGGACGAAAGCUAGCAACUCACAGUUUUGCGUAAUGGCUUUCUUGAGUUUCGUCUUGCCGUCCGCAGUAAUCUACUUCGGGGGUGAUAAUGCGAUAGCUAUCAUACAUCAAGUGAACGGUGACAAUUAUACUUCACGACCGUUUCCUAUGAAGGUGCUAUUUCCUUUUGAGGCUGAGCAAUCACCGUUCUACGAGUUGCUGGUCGUCUUAUUAUUUCUGCAUGGAGUAUUAACGGUGUAUACGGUUGCUAUUAUAAACGGGCUAAUCUUUUCUCUGGUAUUUCAUGUAAGCGGACAAAUCGAUAUCAUAUAUCAAGAGUUGAAAACUAUAUCUAUGAAAGUGAGCUAUGACGGAUCUGCUGAGUUUACAAUAGGAAUGCUGAUCGAAAAGCACAAUAAAGUCAUCGAAUUUGCCGAAAAUGUCGAUAAGCUAUAUUCCUUUAUAACUUUUUUGCAAAUUUUUCCUAAUACUUCACUUAUUUGCAUACUGGCAGUCACCACUAUCGCUUCUGUUAAUAGUGACGUCAGUCUAGCGAAAAGCGGAUUACCUUACGCCGGUAUAACGGCGGAGAUAUUUAUAUUUUGCUUCAUUGGAGAAUAUCUUGGUAUUAAGAGUAGGUCACUCGCUGAUGCGGGGUAUAACUCUUUAUGGUACAAUAUGUCACCUAGCUACAGUAAAAAUGUAUUGUUCAUAAUAAUGAGAUCUCAGAAACAAUUGACCAUCACGGCCGGAGGAUUAAUGAAUUUAUCAUUAGAAGUCUUCACGAGUAUGAUGAAAGCUUCGGUAUCGUUUAUAUCUGUUUUGCAUGCAAUGUAUUGA